AUGAAGCCCCGACCGGCUCUGCCCUCGUUUGGCAGCGUUCGCGAGAAGAAACCAAGAGAUGCCGAGGAGGAACGACCUCUUGUUCGACCUCUCGAGUCUCCUCCCCCAUCUGACCCCAAUACCCCUGAACGCAAUCAAGAACGGGCAGUACCGAACGGCCAAUCCAGUGACUAUAAUAUUGGUACGAUUCUCAGUCAGGAGCAGACGGCCAGAAACGCCGCCAACAUAUCGAGAUUCAGAGAGCCAUUGCCGCCUGUAGUUACAUCCUUGGAGGGCAGCGGGUACUAUUCUCCCACUGGCACAGAUACGGAUGACGAGGGAGACGAGGUUUUCCAAGACCCAGAGACUGUACAGGAGCCGGAAUGUACCCUGCCCUCUGAGCAAGUCAAGGAGGAGAUCAUUGCCGCCCAUCCCAAACUGGCCGAUGACACCCUUCUUCCACCGAUGCAGGCUGUACCGACCCUGGACAAAAGUAUCGACCGCGAUCAUAGGGAAGAAGAUGUUCCUUCGAUAUCCGUCAUACAACCAACUCCCACGCCUAGGGAAACGGCGGGUAACGGCUCUGCCGACUUGUCAGAGCAAGGCUACUUCGAUGUCCCUGGAGGCUUUCCAGAAGACGAGAGCGAGGAUAGUGUGUCUUAUCCUCGCACCCAACCUGAGUUGACCGCUGUGACGAAGGAUCGUCACCAGCAGCAAACGACAGUAUUCAAUGUGGCAGCAACACCUCCUGCCGAACUCGCUCCUCAACCAGUUCCAGCGGAAGAGACCGAAUCAGAGGGAGCAAGCAUCUACAGCGACGCCUAUGAGGACCUUUCAGACGUCGAUGGGAACGGAUUCAUGUCUCUUGACGCCGUUGUCGCAUCCCCCGUUCCUAACAAGGUCUCUCACAAGCUCUACCAGAAGGCCAUGGCAAACUCAUCUCAGCAGACGCCUGUAGACUCUCAUGCCAACAACAUUCCUGAAGAUGUGCCUGACUUUUCUCAGCUAUCGGGCAGUUCGCAGAAGCCUGAAGAUGAGUGGGAGAGGGCCAAAGUUUACUGGAGGGGAUUGACAAGCGACAAGCGGAAGCAACUGGAACAGGAAGCGCUAGAGGAGGCCGGGGCUGAAGGGGACCUUGAAGAUGUUGUCCAGCCUGUGAAGGCUAAGAGAAAGAAGUCCGUCAGAAAAAGCGACUCAGCUACCCAGCAGCAAGCGUCCGUCAACCCGGAGCGGGUCUAUCAGAUCCAACCCGGAACGGUAGUCAUCGACGAGAGAGAUGAAGAAGAGCCCCCCGCAACCAUGUUGAAGACUCUCCGAGGCCUACAGAGCCAAGAAACCGGGCCUGCAAAUGGAAGGCUUCAGAAGACAUUGCGUGGUGGACAGACACCGAUAUCAGCAGCGCCUGGAACAGGCUUGCGUAAGACUUUGCGAUCAGACACCCCGAGCGCUCGGAGUUCUCAGCCGCCAGAGCCUCCUGUCAUGGGUGGCAUGAGAAAGUCCAUGAGGCAGAGUGGUCCAUCCCAAGGAGGGCUCGCAUCUGCAGCUGGUAGCCGUCCAGUCUCUCUCCAAGGCCCCCCGUCAAGCCAAGAUCAAGAUGCUCGACCCAAACACCUUUCCAGAGAUAACCCAAUGUCUAGCGUCGAGAUGGCGAGGGCGAUGCAAGCGACUCUCCGUCGUCGUGCAUCCGAUUCCAGCGAAAGCAGCUUCCGAAGGGCCCGUCCCAAACAGGAGGGCCUCGGCUUCCGCAAAUCUAUGAGAGCAACCACGGAGACAGACCCGUCGGCAGCUGGUAGAAACUCGCGCUUCAGUCUCCGGUCGAUGUCCCCCCCAACCUCGCCCGCCUCGCCGCCUGUCAGCAUGAGUAACCGAACGACUAUGCGCAGUACAUUGCGCAGUGACUCCAGUGAUGGAAGCACGCGGCGCGUGCGCCUACCCACUUUUGGAAAAUCUUCAUCAAAGAAGGCGGCCGGUAAGCCCAGCAAGAGCCGGUUUGGGGAUUCCAGCGAUGAGGAUGAUGCUGGACCAUCCGGAUUCCGCAGCCGGUUUGCCGAUUCCAGCGACGAAGAUAAGAAUACAGCUCCUGCAACGGCAUCUCGCGGUAUGUCCAAGAGCACGCGAGCAUCGACUUCCGCUGCAGCUGCAGCGAUGAAGGGCCCUCCUCCUCACUACGAGUCGAAAGCAGAAGAAACGCCGGACCUACCUGACAGCAAUGACGAAGAGGCGGUGCCAUCACCACCAGUACAGCAAAAGCCUCUCUCCCCGAGGAAGGUCUCGGGUGCUAGCGGUCGUCUCGUGAAGUCUCAAUCGAAUGGACUUGGGUUACAACGCUCCGGUUCUGGUCGCGGUGCACUCGUCGAGUCUUCAACAACGCCAUCUGUGGGUACUCAGGUGAUGUCUAGGCCGGGCAGCCAUCAACGCCGCGGCAGCUUCCUCUCAGUCCUCCGACGCAAGAAGGAGAACGACAUAGACAAGAUUUCGCGGCCUAUUGCCAGCGAAAGUGGCGCCAGAACGGACACCAAACUUGAGCGCAGCCCUUCCGAGAUCUCCGCCCUUCGUGGGACGAAUACGUCGCCGAAGCUGCGGAAGCAGUCGAUGCAUGAUAACUGGCCGCUAUUUGAGGAGACCAUUGACGAUGAGAAGCGUCCCAUGACGGCGGACAACAGUAAGCCCACGGAUGCGUCGAGGCCGAUGUUCAUGAAGCGCCGGAGCACCAACCAGGUGCUCACUUCGGGCCUACCCGAGGACCGGGAAGAUAUCGAUGGCUCCGGCAAGAAGAAGAAGAAGAAGUUUGGAACGCUCCGGCGGAUGUUCAAGCUGGAUGACUAG